AUGCCGGUCGGCGUAGCCAGGUAUGGAUUAAAAUUUUCUGGUGGCGGCGAAGCCGUCACCCUACGAGAACUCGUUGCUUCGUCUUCUUGUUGUCACGGCAUUAUUAUUAUUAUUAUUUGUUCACAAUGUGGAUCCUAUGAAGUAGUAAAUCAAUGUGCUUCAAAGUGCGUAGAUGAGCCAACAUGUCAAAAUCCGAAUCCUAUACAAAAACCUGGCACACCUUGCUUAGCAAUAUGCGUAAAAAGAUGUGAAUGUGACGCGAAAAAUGGAUGGAUUCGGUCUUCAUCUAACGGAACUUGUAUACAAAAAUCAACCUGCAAAUCAGAACAAUGUGGACCCCAUGAAAUAGUAAAUAAAUGUGCUUCGAAGUGUGUAGAUGAGCCAACAUGUCAAAAUCCGAAUCCUAUACAAAAACCAGGCACACCUUGUUUACUAAUAUGUGUAAAAAGAUGUGAAUGUGACGCGAAAAAUGGAUGGAUUCGGUCUUCAUCUAACGGAGCUUGUAUACAAAAAUCAACCUGCAAAUCAGAACAAUGCGGACCUAAUGAAGUAGUAAAUAAAUGUGCUUCGAAGUGCGUAGAUGAGGCAACAUGUCAAAAUCCGAAUCCCAUACAAAAACCUGGCACACCUUGCGUACUAAUAUGUGUAAAAAGAUGUGAAUGUGACGCGAAAAAUGGAUGGAUUCGGUCUUCACCUAAUGGACCUUGUAUACAAAAAUCAACUUGCAAAUCAGAACAAUGUGGACCCCAUGAAGUAGUAAAUCAAUGUGCUUCGAAGUGCGUAGAUGAGCCAACAUGUCAAAAUCCGAAUCCUAUACAAAAACCAGGCACACCUUGCUUACUAGUAUGUGUAAAAAGAUGUGAAUGUGACGCGAAAAAUGGAUGGAUUCGGUCUUCACCUAACGGAACUUGUAUACAAAAAUCAACUUGCAAAUCAGAACAAUGUGGACCCCAUGAAGUAGUAAAUCAAUGUGCUUCGAAGUGCGUAGAUGAGGCAACAUGUCAAAAUCCGACUCCCAUACAAAAACCUGGCACACCUUGCGUACUAAUAUGUGAAAAAAGAUGUGAAUGUGACGCGAAAAAUGGAUGGAUUCGGUCUUCACCUAAUGGAACUUGUAUACAAAAAUCAACCUGCAAAUCAGAACAAUGUGGACCCCAUGAAAUAGUAAAUAAAUGUGCUUCGAAGUGUGUAGAUGAGCCAACAUGUCAAAAUCCGAAUCCUAUACAAAAACCAGGAACACCUUGCUUACUAAUAUGUGUAAAAAGAUGUGAAUGUGACGCGAAAAAUGGAUGGAUUCGGUCUUCACCUAACGGACCUUGUAUACAAAAACCAACCUGCAAAUCAGAACAAUGCGGACCCCAUGAAGUAGUAAAUCAAUGUGCUUCGAAGUGCGUAGAUGAGGCAACAUGUCAAAAUCCGAAUCCUAUACAAAAACCUGGCACACCUUGCUUAGACAUAUGUGUAAAAAGAUGUGAAUGUGACACGAAAAAUGGAUGGAUUCGAUCCUCGCCUAAUGGACCUUGUAUACAAAAAUCAACUUGCAAAUCAGAACAAUGUGGACCCCAUGAAGUAGUAAAUCAAUGUGCUUCGAAGUGCGUAGAUGAGGCAACAUGCCAAAAUCCGAAUCCUAUACAAAAGCCAGGCACACCUUGCUUAGCAAUAUGCGUAAAAAGAUGUGAAUGUGACGCGAAAAAUGGAUGGAUUCGGUCUUCACCUAACGGACCUUGUAUACAAAAAUCAACUUGCAAAUCAGAACAAUGUGGACCCAAUGAAGUAGUAAAUCAAUGUGCUUCGAAGUGCGUAGAUGAGGCAACAUGUCAAAAUCCGAAUCCCAUACAAAAACCUGGCACACCUUGCGUACUAAUAUGUGUAAAAAGAUGUGAAUGUGACGCGAAAAAUGGAUGGAUUCGGUCUUCACCUAACGGAACUUGUAUACAAAAAUCAACUUGCAAAUCAGAACAAUGUGGACCCAAUGAAAUAGUAAACGAAUGUGCAUCAAAGUGCGUAGGUGAACCCACAUGUCAAAUCCCGAAUCCUACACAAGAACCUGGAACCGCUUGCAUAACGUUGUGUGUAAAAAGAUGUGAAUGUGACGCAAAAAAUGGUUGGAUACGAGCUACUUCUAAGGGUGUGUGCAUUAAAAAAGAUGCUUGUCCAUCUGGAGUAUGUCCAAAGCAUGAAAAGCAGGGAUGUGCUCCCUGUUGUCCUGAUCCAACCUGCCAGAACAGGGAACCUAGCUGCCCUGAUAAUAUGAAAUGCCCAAAGAUAUGUCGUUUAACGUGUAGAUGUAAAAAGCGAUUUAUCAGAGAUAUUUCAACUGGAAAGUGUGUACCAAAAGGACGGUGUCCAAAAACAAAAUGUUAA